AGUCCCACCCACAAGUCUCCCGGAAGUGACGCAUUCCCACCAGGCUACACUUGACGUACCUCCGUUGUUCUUGUUUACGUUUAGCUUUGCCCCGGUAGAUGAUUGGAAAGUGACCUGAGACAUCUCUGAGGUAACAUGAAGCCGGCGGUGGAUGAAAUGUUCCCGGAGGGCGCUGGUCCUUAUGUGGAUCUGGAUGAGGCUGGGGGAAGCUCCGGGCUACUGAUGGAUCUGGCAGCAAAUGAGAAGGCCGUGCAUCUAGACUACUUCAAUGAUUUUGGAGACCUGUUUGAUGAUGAUGACAUCCUGUAAUUUUCCACUUAGUAUUCUCAACAUGUAUAAUUGGUGCCAGAUGGAGAACAUAUAUCCUCAUUUUAUUUCCUGGACAGAAGACCUUGUGAUUUAUUUAUAUAUAUUUGUUAAAUAAAAGUACCCUACCCAA